CCGGAAAAACAAGCUCAACACAUGGUUUAGAAACCUGCCCAACAGAACCGCCGUGCAGCAUGAACACUUGACGUAGAUGAGAACACUAUUUAGGUGUCACAGGUCCAGGCGGGGUCAUGAGGGGUCAUGGCCAUCGGGCCGGACGAGCUGCGAGAAAGAGGAGGCAGAAAAGUGAACGCAUCGUCCAGUCGGUCUCUCUGUGUCACCGGCCGCAAUAUGUGAGGCUGAUGAGGUUUCUUCACCAACGCGGAUUCACCUCAACGCUGCUGCAGCCGGCCCUCUUUACUGACACAGGCAGAGGACUGCAGGCUCUCAAGAGUGUAAAGCCCGGCCAGCUGUUGAUUUCUCUGCCAGAGUCUUGUCUCAUCACAACCUCAACAGUUCUGGACAGCUACCUGGGACAGUAUAUCAAGAGCUGGAAGUCCCGCCUCUCUCCCCUGCUGGCGCUCUGUGUCUUCCUGGUGUGUGAGCGGCACAGAGGAGAGGCCUCUGAUUGGCUCCCCUACAUAGAUGAGUUGCCCACCACUUACACCUGCCCGGCUUAUUUCUCUGAUGACGUCAUGGCUGUUCUGCCGACCAGCGUGCGGAGGCAGGCUUUAGAGCAGAGAGAGGCCGUGCGAGAUAUUCACUCCUCCAAUCUGGACUUUUUCAGAUCGCUGCAGCCAAUCCUGAGUCAGCCCGUUGCGGAGGUGUUGACAUAUGAGGCCUUAAGGUGGGCAUGGUGUAGUAUCAACACACGCACUGUCUUCAUGUCCCACCCAUCCAACAACUUCUUGUCCGGACAAGAUGUUUACGCUUUAGCUCCCUUCUUGGACCUGCUCAACCACCGACCUGACGUGCAGGUAAAAGCAAACUUCAAUCACCUGACCAGAUGUUAUGAAAUCGAGAGCGUUUCCGGGACGCUCCGCUACCAGCAGGCCUUCAUCAACUACGGUUCCCAUGACAACCAGCGGCUGUUGUUAGAGUACGGAUUUGUCGCCCCCGGCAACCCGCACAGUGUGGUCUAUGUGGACACAGAUCUGCUCUGUGAGGUUUUAAGAGGAGACAGGAGUCUGGAUCAGAAGAUCAAGUUCCUCAGAGAGAACAACUUCCUUCAUAACCUCACUUUGUCCAGCGAAGGCCCCAGUUGGAGGCUGAUGACAGCUCUCAGACUGUUGUCCCUGCCACAAACACUGUAUCAGCAGUGGAAGGCGGUGUUGCUCGGCCAGGCGGUGAGUGAAGAGAGGGAGCAGUGGAGCCUUCAGACAGCGAAGACUCUGUGUCAGCGACUACUGCAAGACACACACACAGCUCUGGAGAAGAUUUCCCAUCUUCUCCAGCGGUGUGACCAGUCAGUCAGGGAGCAGCUAGACGUGGUGAAGUCAUUGCGACAGGAGGAGAGGUGCAUCCUGGGAAGCUGUCUCGAGACGAUGCAAGGCCCGCAGAGACGAUCAGACGACACGUUGUCAUGCCAACCGGAUGUCGACGCUGUGAGCUGACACGUGAUUGGUGCUCUGGUCUGUUGUUGACUGUAAUAAUAAGCCUGGUUAUUGGCUGAACUGGUCGCUGUCCUGCUUGCAAACCAGUCUGGCUGAUAAAAGCAGUAGGACGGCCUGAUGUCCUGUAACCAGAGGAUCACUGGUUUGAUUCUAACAGCUAUCAGACCAGUACGGUCCAGGUAUGAUGUGCAACAAAGGUCCCUGGCUGGGAUUGAACUGGGGGACGUUGCAGCUAUGUGGCAGUAACCAUUCAGCUACUGGAUUUCACAUUAUGCAGAUUUAAAAGAUAAACUUCAUCUUGAAACGCUGCCAUCAUAUCAUGCACUCAAGCAUCACAUAAAAAAAAUGUUUCAUGUUCAUUAUUUUAAAUAGUCAAGUUUUAUACCUCUCAUAUUUUUCAGAUCCUGUUUUAUUGCGUGGAGGUGUGAUUUUUUAAUGUGUUUUUAUGUAACUUUAUGACACUUAUUCUUGCUGCUAUUUUGCCCAGCUCCCUUUAUAAAAGAGAUAAUGUAUCUCAAGAGACUUCCUGGUUAAAUAAAAUGAAAUUCCAGGUAUGCAGAAAGAGCAUCAGCCUUCUGUUAUAAAGGCCAUUAGCAAGACAGAACAGCCCUCAUUACCAACUGUUUAUCACGAGUUAAAAACAAAACGCUGCACUAAAAAUAAUUGUAAACAAAAUAUUCUUUUGGUCUUUUGCACUUGUCAUGUAGGAGAGAAGUGUGAGUGUGACAGUAAAGAGGAAAACAGCACAUUAGAGCAAACAGAGCAGAGAGAUUUGGCUGUUAUAUCUCUUGAGAAGAUGAUAUAAGAUCAGUCAUUAAUGUACUUGGACAAACUGGGAUCUGUA